GGGCCGCCCGAGGCAACAGCCGCCGCUUCUUUCGCUUUCCGCUGCGGGUGAGCGAGAUGUCGGCGCGCUGUCGCUCCGCGGGGCUCCUCCUUUAUGGGGCGCUGCAGCUGGUCGGGCUCCUGAAGGUGUCCUCACUACCGUACACCCCCCAGAAUCAGAACCAGUGCCACAAUUCAAGCACGGAGCGAUAUGACGAAGCCAUCCGUAAAUGUUGCAGCUUGUGCCCUCCAGGUUCCCGCGUGCUUGAAAAGUGCACUGAGAACGCUGACACGAAGUGUGGAGCGUGUGAUGAGGGGAAAUAUACAGAUGUCUGGAGCGCAGCUGGACUCUGUUUCAGCUGUUCGCCAUCAUGCAAAACAGGAUUUGUUCAAACAAGGGAGUGCACUCGGAUGCAAGACAGAUUGUGCCAGUGUCCUCCUCAUCACUUCUGCCACCUGGCUCAUUCAGGCACCUGCAUAUGGUGCAAAUUAUACCAGCAAUGCCAAAAAGGCUUUGGAGUCGCAACACAAGGCACAGAAAAUAGGGAUGUGGAAUGUGUGCCCUGCGGUCCAGGCACAUUUUCAGAUGUGGAGUCCCACAGCGCCUCCUGCAGGCCUCACAGGAUUUGUGAAUCAGAAAUCACUCCCGGAAACAGCACCCAUGAUGCAGUUUGCAGCGAUCUCGGUGCACCCGUUGGCACCGUGGCAACUCCUCUGCGCACCACAGUCACUGCAAAGAGUCGUUUGGUCACCAGGAGUCCGACAGGGAAGCCGGUUCUGCAACAGCCUCCGGCAGACAUGUCUCAAAUUGCUGGUUUGGUGGCCGGAGUGGCGUGUGCCAUAUUUGCACUGAUCGGAGGGACUUGUGCCUGCUUUGUUCUGAGGAAAAAAGGCCACCUUUAUGUACUGCCUUUUGCCAAGGAAAAACAGUCGUUUUCAUGUCCCGAAAAAGCACCCACCAACUGGCAUCAGGACACCAACGCUCUGCAGCAGGAGGAGCAGAAUCUCCUUCAGGUCUCCGCCUCAAGCAGCGGGUCUUUAGAUAGCCCACCAGCCUCUGAGAAAAGCAGCGGGGUCAGCAGCGAGGGCACUUUAAGCACCGACACAGAGAGGACUCAACAAAGAUCUUCUCCAUCAAAUACCUGCGUGCAUCACAGCAGUGCAAACUCAAAGCAAUCCGGCAGUGGAGGAACACACGUCAAUGUCAGUUGCACCGUCAGCAUCUGUAACACUUCGGACCACAGCUUGCCGUUCCAGUUGCUGAAUGCUUCGGGUGCCUCCAGUUCCAGAGACUGCGCUUUGGCAGAAGACCUUCCCCUGUCGAAGGAGGAAAGCCCCUUGAAAAAGGAGAGCGGGACGCAGAUUGCGGAAGAGGUUGAGGACAAUAUGGACGCGUUUGACCACAGCCUGGGGAAGGCACUUCCCCUGAGCAUACAAGACGUGGGCAUGAAGGCUACAUGAAGGAGGCUUGUGGAGACUCGCCGGGCGUGGCACAGCAGUUUCUGUAUGUUACAAAUGGAUCACAAGCCCGCCACGGGUUCUAGAGAAUCUCAGGUGCUUAAUUAGUAAUAUACAAAAGGGGAAGAAAAUGAACUUCGUGAGAAAUAUUCGUACAGUAUUGGAAUUCCAGGAUUUGUUGGUGACUAAAGAUGCAGAUUUUGGAAUGCAUUGAUCACCACGUUGCCCCAAAUUUACACCUAUUGUGGUAUGGUGCUCUGAUUCCGUGCCCAGUUGCCACCACAAAAUGUGUCCCCUCCCCCCAUGCCUCCAUCCCACCUUUUUCUUUCCAUCACCCCCUAGUUGGCCCCAUUCCUGCUUUUUGGCCUACGUGUAUUAUUUUUGCUUAGGGUGCAGGAAGUCCCAGGUUCCUGCCCAGACAAGCUCUGCCCAGGGAGUGGAGAAAUGCUACCUGUGUUUUUAGCAACUGGAAGAGAGAUGUUGCUCUGUGGGGAAACCAUGUGCUUUGAGUGCAGAAAGUCCCAGGUUCAGUCCCCAGCAUCUCCAGACGGAGCUGUGAAUGCUCCCCUGUCUGAAACCUUGGAGGGCCACUGUUAGUCAUUGUGUAGAUCAUAUUGAACCAGAUGGAUUAAUGU